CUUCCUUUAUUACUUUUUAAAUGUUUCCUCGUGGAUGUAAUUUUAUUAGAUGAACUUGGGUCAUGUGGCAAUUUAAAAGACCGAAGAGAUCUGCUUGCCCUAGUUCUUGCUAAAAUAAGGAGGAGCCUGGUCUUUUUGUGUUUGAUUUGUAUAUGCUUGGUAUUCCUUUGAACCCAUGCUUCUUUGAAAAUUUUAUACUUCUUAAUGUUAUGCCUUUUCAAUUUAGAGACUACACCUUUUAUUUUUCAGACUUCAAGCCUUUAUUUUUGAUUUCUUAAGGCUAAUCUGCUCCAUCAAUCCCAUUAAGUCAUUCUCUUUUACAUUUAUAUGGAUCUUAAGUGAAUGAGAUAAACCUUCAGUAAAAAAAUGUGAAUAUCAUAUUUCUUUUAAGGAGCAGUAACUCAUGCUCUGAAAGGGACCUGGAUAAAUAUAACAUUGCAAAAACUCGUAGAAGAAUUUCAGUUUGAAGGCAGUUGCAUCUGAUUUCUCUUUCUUUUAAUCUUUCAUGUGUAGGACUCACUAGAAAACCUGGCAAAGGACUUCUGUUCAUAAUUCCUGGAUAUUAUGCCUUAUGUGUACAAACUCCAGAGCUUUUAUAUUUAUUUAAUGAACUCCUUGUAAUUUAUAAGUGGUAUUAUCUCUCAGCUUUGUAGACUUGAUAUUUGAUGUGAGAGUAUUGAGCAGAGCAUGCAAAAGUUGUUGGGAUAAGUAGAGGCAAACAAGCUGCAGGUGGCUUGGAAAUGUAGACCUCCUCAUUUCUAAACCAAGGAAUUCCUUCAUAUUUCUGUAUCAGUAAGAAAGUUCUUCAGCAUUGCUGAUUUCUGGGUUCCAUUGAAAUAAACCCAUGAAAUUCCAACCCCUUCAUGCUUUAUGCAGUGAAAUGUAAUUCUUUAUGUUACUGCUCUUUGGACAUCUCGGUAAUCUUGUCUAUGGCUGCUGCUCAUCCUUGUAAUAAUUUUGCUGAGGCAGAGCAGAAGGACCACUUUUUAUGGCAACGUUGCUAUCACUCAGGGAUCUUCAUUCUAGUAACUGAGUUAUGGAAAUUUUUGAGAAUUGAACUAUUUUUACUGUUGGUAGCACCAAGAAGAUAGAGGAUAAAUACCACAAACAUCAAUAUUUUAAAAGAGGUAUUAUUCUGUUUACUAAAAGCAAUAAAUAUUUAACUCAUGCUUCUGAAAAUGGCAUGUACACAGAGCAUGAGAGAAGAAUUUGUUAAUGCCUUCAUUCUUGCUGUCCAGCAGUUCCUUUUGGAAUGAACUCUGUCUGUUCUUGGCACAUAAACCAAUUAUGAAAUAGCUGAGUUUUGUGAAGAAAGGUAUAGUGCAACAUAGUCUGAAAGAAAUAAGUAUGAAGUUUGCCUGGAGAUAGUUCUGUAAACUCAUAAUCAUAUAAAAAUAUCAAUCUGAUGUACUUAGAAGCAUUUUUCUUUUAGAUAACAGGUUAGCUGGAGGUUGUUCAAACGUGGUGGUUUUCCUUAGUGCCACAAACUGAGUAAACUAAUCCAGGAACUGGGUGGUACUCUGCUCUCUUACAGACUGAUUUCAGUCACUUUCUUCUGCAAAAACAGACAGGUCAUUGACAAGAGCAAGGCGUUGAUGAGCGCAGUCUCAGAACUACUAUGGAACCUUGGCAGCCUUGUAGGUUUGGAAGGCUUAAAUCCAAGUUCAGAAAGGCCUUUUCCAGUCCUGAUGAUUUGCUGGCUCAGGCACUUAAUUAGGAUGGCUUUUGAACAAAUUGGAUUGAACAUGGAAUCAGUGCUUUGGUCAAGCAAGCCUUAUGGUUCAUCUCGAAGUAUUGUAAGAAAAAUUGGUACUAACCUCUCUCUUAUACAAUGUCCGAGAGUUCACUUUCAGCUUAUUUCUCGUGUCACGGAAGGAAACAGUCCUGCUCAGCUCAGAGAAGAUGCAGUGGCCACCUUUGCUGAUGUGGGGUGGAUUGCUGAAGAAGAAGGUGAAGUCUCUACAAGGCUCAGGUCAGAAGUUUGGUCAAAAACAACCCAGCCUCUUCCAGGCGAAGCCCAUCAUUUCAGGAAGUCUCCACACGGACAAACGUCCUUGCAAAGCCCGUCAGGAGAGGAACUAGUGCCCAGGAGUGCAGUGAUGGCAAAUGAAGAAGCACUGCAGAAGAUCAGUGCCCUAGAAAAUGAACUGGCCUCCUUAAGAGCACAGAUAGCCAAAAUUGUAACCUUGCAAGAACAGCAGAACUUGACAACAGUUGGGCCAAGUCCACUUGCUUCAGCUGCUGCCCCUGUUCCACCACCACCACCUCCUCCUCUGCCUCCACCCCCUCCCUCAGGUCUGGAUCAGAGAAAGUCUGCAGUUGAUCUCAUUAAAGAAAGGAAAAACAAAAAAAUGAACGCUGGCCAGAAUGUGGUGGAAAAUGGGCCAAAGAAGCCUGAAGUACCAAACAUGCUAGAAAUCCUCAAAGACAUGAACAGCGUGAAACUACGCUCAGUGAAAAGAUCCUCAGAAAGUACAAAAUCUAAAGUGUCUCAGCCUGCAGAUCCUGCAACAUUAAUAGCAGAAGCUCUCAAAAAGAAAUUUGCAUAUCGAUACCAAAAUGAUAGCCAAGGUGAAACAGAAAAAGUGAUUCCGAAGUCUGAAACAAAGACACAGACUGAGGUAGUGCUGUUUGGACCACACAUGCUGAAGUCUACAGGAAAAAUGAAGACUUUAAUUGAAAAAUCUUAGUGUUAAAGAUUAUUCUGCAAAAGACUGUUAAGCUGCUUUGUAUAAAAUAUUUUAUGUUGCAAAUAGCACUAGUACUGAGAGGUCUCUUUUCUUACAGCACAGAAAGACCUAAUGUGAAAUACAGAAAUGAGACACUAAACAUGUUUGUAUGUAUGUGAUUUAUCAAAGGGAAUAAAUUGGACCGUUAUACUCAGGUAUUAAUUUUGUAUUCAAGCUUGGCUUUCCACUCAGAUUUAUGUGAUGGGUUUGGUUUAUUAACACUAAGUUAUAUAUACAACAUUUUUUGUGCAUAACUGACCAGCUUAAAGAUUUGUGUACAUGUUAUUAAUGACAGUGAUACACCCUUAAGUUAAUACCAGUUUUAUGUGAGGUCUACCUAUAAUUUGCACUAAAAUGUGUAAUUUGAUACUGAGAUCUUCAUGUUGAAGUCUUUCUUUUAAACUUAACUGUAGCAAAUUUUUAGCCCAAAGAAAACCUGGAGGCACUCUGCUUCUUACUGAAACAAAGUGAAAACUUGAACCUGAUGCAGAGGUCACCUAAAUUUUACAUAGUAGUACGUUUUUGUGCGGGGUUUUUGUUUGUUUCACAUGAGCUUGCAAGGGUAGGAGAAUAAAACCUGCUUGUAUCAUCCUGUGGCCAUUAUGAACAGUAAAAUCAUGCUCUGGGAGCCUCUGUCAAAAGGUAGUCAAGGGAAUUUCAAAUAGGCAGUAGAUAGCAGCAGAUUAAAAUAAUAAAGAGUAUGUGUUAAUGUCAGUUAAUUAGCAUAAAGUGCUGUAGGUAAGAAAACAAAGGUACAAAGUACUGUGGGGUGCAAGUUGCCAAAAGCAGCUCAUCUCUGCUGCUCUCGGAGAUGCUCAUGGACACCUCCCCAGCCUGGCUCCCUGGGUCUGUUUCUGGCAGAUAGGGCUUGCAGUAGCCAUUUGCAGGGAAGAGAUAGGAUAAGCUGUUGCCCAUAACCCAUAACCAGAGCUCAUGUCUUCAGCCACAGGUGUAGAAAGGCUCAAGCUGAAAGUACAAGUCAGGGUGAAAAAAGCUGUUCAGGAGCCAAGAGCUGCAGCUUAGGUACACUCUGAAACAAAGCCAUGGUUUGCUCUGACCAUGGAUGAGCAUUGAAAAAGCUGAGUCCUGAGUAUUUUUGGUGCUCUAAGCUGAUCCUGACUACUGGGACAAGUACAAGUGCCUGUGGGAGCUUCUGUUUCCUAGGAAAAGACACAGACAGCACUUCUUUAAUAAAGACAGCUGAAUAGCUCUGACAAGGUUACUGAAGAUAGGGAAGCUUUGCUGCUUAUAACUGGAAUGUUGGUUGUACAUGGAGGAGCUGUGAUUUCUGGUGUGGAACUUGAAAUGGUAUUAAUACAUACACAAUGUAACUUCCUUCCAAAGUGCUCUGCCAUCAGUCCUACUGAUUGGUCAUUCAAUCCUUCAGUUCUUCUAAGUGCCUUUAAAACACCUUUGUGAAAGUUAACUUUGGUUUUAAGUUUUGUAUUUUAUGCUCUAUUGCUACUAUAUAAAAUUAAAAGCAGAUAAAAUAAACAUGGCAUAUUUGAUUUGUGGUACUCUA